AUGCCUGUGCACACCCAUUCCGUCACUCAAGAUUAUCGAAUCAGCCGACAAGUGCUUGGUGUGGGAAUCAAUGGCAAAGUAGUAGGAUGUGAAAAUCGAAAAACUGGCGAGAAAUUUGCUUUGAAAGUUCUUCGCGAUGUUCCAAAAGCUCGCAGAGAAGUAGAACUUCAUUAUGCUGCUAGCAAUCACAAAAAUAUCGUCCGAAUUUUCGAUGUUUACGAAAAUACGUACCAUCACGUGAAAUGCUUGCUUGUUGUGAUGGAAUGUAUGCAAGGGGGUGAACUCUUCACACGCAUACAGCAAAGAGCACAAUCAGCUUUUACGGAGCGUGAAGCUGCUCAAAUAAUGACAGAAAUCUGUUCAGCAGUUGCUCAUUUACACUCCUUAAACAUUGCACAUAGAGACAUAAAACCAGAAAACUUACUGUUCAGCUGCGAUGGACCAUCUGGUGUUUUGAAAUUAACGGAUUUUGGUUUCGCGAAACACUUGGAUUCUUCAGAUUCUAGACCACUGGAAACGCCUUGCUACACACCUUAUUAUGCUGCACCCGAAGUUCUUGGUCCGGAGAAGUACGAUAUGUCAUGUGAUAUGUGGUCCAUUGGUGUUAUCAUGUAUAUUCUUUUAUGUGGUUUCCCACCAUUUUUCUCAGCUAAUGGCUUACCUAUGUCGCCAGGAAUGAAAAAUCGUAUCAGAGCGGGUAAAUAUGCUUUUCCGUCACCUGAAUGGGAUCGUGUUUCUGAAGCAGCGAAGGAUCUGAUCAGAAAAUUGUUGCGUACUGAUCCAAGUGAACGUUUCACAAUUGAGCAAACCAUGAAUCAUAAGUGGGUAACUCACUACAAAAAAGUUCCUGAGACUCCUCUUUUCACCGCUUCAGUGCUUGAAGAAGAAAAAUCAUUAUGGGUAGAAAUGCAAGAUGAAAUGGAAAUGACUCUAGCGACAAUGCGUGUGGGAAAUGAAGAUAUUCAUAUUAAAAAUUUGAAAGAUUCAAAUAAUCGUUUGUUGGACAAACGUCGUAACAAAAAUAAACGAUAA